AUGAGAUUGAAAAAAUUUAUCAAACAUAUUGGUUUGGCUCAUUAUAGUUAUGAUUAUUUAUAUGAGGCGAAACGAGUUUGGAAUAUGGUAAGAAAUGAUGGCACUCCCGACAAGAAGAAGUUUUUAGGUAUAACUUCUCAUGAUAUAAGAAUUUCUGAUGAUCAAUAUGUAGAUUAUUUUGGUCAAAAAAUUCAAGCUAAAGAUGUGCCUACACAUUAUCAGAAAUCUCCUAUUUUAUUUUAUUGUUAUACUCCAUAUAGGUGGUUAGAAAAGAAGAAAGAACA